AUUCGUUAUCUUAACAUGGACGCGUAUCAUAGCACGGCAACAAUCGUCAAAGGGUUUCAGUUUGGAUAACGAACGACUGACGUUUGGAAAAUCUGGCUUGCCCGCUCGUAAGUAUAUGCACAUACGAUUUCAACUGCAGAGGCGAGCGGACUCCUCUCUCGUGUUACGCAGUGUUCAAUGCCACUGCACAGUCAUUCCAACUGCUUCUCAGUCUAUACCGCAGUGUCUGAUUUCAAUCCUCACGCGACGGUCGACCUGUAUUACAAUUGGGCUGACAGUGUAAAAGCUCGAUUUGGGAUACGCGCCAAAUGACUUAACAAAAACGUACUUCCUUGAUGACAGUGUAACGUUUACAGGAGGGCAUGUUGUUAUUCGCCACACAGGAGUCCCGCAGUGGUGUUUACACCUACACUCACAAGGACGUCAGUGGCGACAUUACAGCAUGUCUAGCCCAGGCUGCAGUGUUGUGAACGAAAAACAGCUUAACCGAACGAGAAGUGGCAGAUAAAGAGUCACUACUGUCUACACGGAGAUAUUGUGAGGACAGGCUUUAUAUUAUUUGGAGGAAGGGCCCUGACGAUUAAUCGAUACUGACGCGGUAAGAAGACCAGGCGCGGAUAUUUCAAAGUUUCAUGGUUGUUCAAUUGGAGAGUCGAUUGAGGAAUUACAGGAACAUAUUUCAUUUCGUGUUGAAGAGUUCACUGUCCAUCUAUGUACGUUGUUGGCGUUUACAGUGAGUGUGUAGAAGUUUGUACAGUGUCUGGUUGUGUUUUCUUAUUUGAUUGUGGCGUUCAUUGUUCGUGCAUUACGUGAUCCUCGUUGUGGAAUUGUCGUCUGCUCGAGAACAUCUGGAUCUAUUUUCUACCGAGUUAAAAACUGGUGGCAACUGAAUGACCCGCUAAUUCUAGGCCAAGGCCCUAUUUGUAUGAGGCUGGUGUCAAAACCUAGAAAAUCUUAUCGAGGGCACAGUUUUCCUCAUUCUGAUUCUGUAUAUUUCGUGCAUCAUUUACUGUGGAUUAACUGAGGAUUCGCGGGUGUCCAUGAAUCAACCUGGUUGAGGUGAUCAGUUCGUUAUCAGUUGGAUCCUGCUUGUACAGUUCAUACCGUUACUCCAAGAUGAACCGAGGACCGCAUCAUAGAACACAGUCUGUGCCCAACCAGAGACGACGUCGUGAACGACCAGUGAUCCGACACAACCGCUCCUUCGAUGUCCCCCGGCACAUGGGAUCGGGCCGGCAGUCGAAUGAGCCCCCAGGAACCACCCGACUUCUCCGGAUUAAAGUGGAGCAGGGUGUUAACCUAGCGAAGAAGGAUAUCUUUGGAGCAAGUGAUCCCUAUGUUCGCUUGUCUCUGUUCAGAGGGGAUAGAGAGGAUGGUCUUAUUGAUACAAAACAGACAAAGGUUAUUAAGAAGACACUGAAUCCAAAAUGGCAUGAAGAGUUUGUGUUCCGGGUGAACCCCCGAGACAAUGUGGUGCUGCUGGAGGUGUUCGAUUCUAACCGAGUGACGAGGGAUGACUUUCUUGGUCUGGUGGAGAUCCCACUCAACCACACGGGCGUGGCCACAGAAAGGUCGGGUCGAGAUGUCGGCGUCAAGAGCUUCAUGCUUAGGCCAAGAAGCAUCCGCUCCCGAGUUCGAGGGCACCUGAUGCUGUACUUGGCAUAUGUGGCUACAGAAGGGGACAGCAAUGCUGAUGAUGAGGCGUCAGGACAGACGACCAACGAGGUUAGUCCCGGCUGGGAGAUGGUGGACAUCGAGACAGCCAUCAAUGAAGCGGGGGCGUCAGGCCCCACCACCGUGGGGGCCACAGCCUCGGCCCACGGGGAGAACCUGGAACCCCUGCCCCCAGGCUGGGAGGAGAGGCGGGACCCCCAGGGCAGGAAGUACUACAUCAAUCACAAUGACAGGACCACGCACUGGGAAAGACCCUCACCAAGUUCUGAUAACGGGAAUUUCAGCAGUUCGAGCCUGCCGACGGGAUGGGCGGAGAGGAUGGAUGCCAAUGGCCGAACCUACUACGUGAACCACACCUCACGUUCAUCACAGUGGCAGCGCCCAACAAACAACCUCACGGAGGUUUCAGAGCAGGAGAUGAAUCGUCAGCGCAGCAUGGAGGCAGCUCAGCUCUACCUGCAGCGACGCCACAUCAGUCAGGACGACACCAUCAGCGUCCACUCCAACAGUGACGAGACAGAAACCACGAACACAGAGAGGACUCCACCAUUUUCUCCUUCAUCAAGUCAGCACCGGGCACUGGUUCACCGGCCACUAGACGGGGAUGAGGAGCCACUUCCAGCUGGCUGGGCCAUGGGCAUGGCACCCAAUGGCCGCAAGUUCUUCAUAGAUCACAACACACAAAUAACAACAUGGGAUGACCCGCGCCGCUCAAGACCAAGCUCCAUGCCCAACCUGGACACGCCCAGCGGCAUCUGGAGGCCGUCCUCCAAUGAAGAUCUUCUCAGAAAUCUUGGGCCUUUGCCGGCUGGCUGGGAGGAGCGGACGCACACAGACGGGAGAGUGUUCUACAUUGACCACAAUACCCGAGGUACGCAGUGGGAGGACCCAAGGUUACAGAAGCUGGGAGGUCCCGCUGUACCCUAUUCCAGAGACUAUAAGAGGAAAUAUGACUACUUCAGGUCCAAGUUAAGAAAGCCAAAUAAUGUACCAAAUAAGAUCGACAUAAAGGUAACGCGGAGAAAUGUGUUCGAAGAUUCCUAUAGAAUAAUCAUGAGUGUGAAGAACACAGACAAUCUCAAAACCAGGUUAUGGAUCGAAUUUGAUGGGGAGACUGGCCUGGAUUACGGUGGUGUGGCCAGGGAAUGGUUCUACCUGUUGUCCAAAGAAAUGUUCAACCCCUACUAUGGCCUCUUUGAGUACUCAGCCACGGACAACUACACCCUCCAGAUCAACCCUCUGUCUGGAAUGGCUAAUGAUGAUCACCUGUCCUACUUCGAGUUCAUUGGUCGUGUUGCUGGGAUGGCAGUGUUCCAUGGGAAACUGCUUGAUGCCUUCUUCAUCCGUCCUUUCUACAGGAUGAUGUUGCGGAAGCCCAUCACUUUACAGGACAUGGAGUCAGUGGACUCGGAGUAUUACAACUCCUUAGUGUGGAUCAAGGAGAACGACCCAGAAGAUCUGGAGCUUCAUUUCUCUGUUGAGGAAGAUCAGUUUGGAGAGAUCACAGAGCGAGAACUGAAGCCAGGUGGCACGGAUAUAAUCGUCACCAAUGACAACAAGAUGGAGUAUAUUGACCUUGUGAUCAAGUGGAGAUUCGUGCAGCGUGUGGAGUCACAGAUGAAGUCGCUGAUGAAGGGAUUUAACUCCCUCAUCUCGCGCGAUCACCUGCAGAUAUUUGACGAGAACGAGCUGGAGCUGCUGAUGUGUGGGCUGCAAGACGUCGACGUCAACGACUGGAAGAGUCACACGGCCUACAAGGGAGAAUACAACCCCAACCACCCGACCAUCCUCUAUUUCUGGAAGGCUGUCUACUCUUGCAACAAUGAAAUGAGAUCAAGAUUGCUGCAGUUUGUCACCGGGACAUCUCGAGUUCCAAUGAAUGGAUUUGCCGAGCUGUAUGGAAGCAAUGGGCCCCAGCUGUUCACCAUCGAGAAGUGGGGUCAUCCUGGACAGCUGCCCAGAGCACACACAUGUUUCAACCGUCUGGACUUGCCUCCCUAUGAGUCUUAUACCGAACUACGUACAAAGCUAAUCACGGCGGUCGAGAAUACCCAAGGCUUCGAGGGUGUGGACUAACAUGGGUUCUACGCCCACAACACUGUAUAUACCAUAAAGGGGUCUCCACUCACAGGAAGAGUUACCUUCCCUUGUCAGCCAUGACAUUCUGCUAACGUGGAGAACGUCUCAAUAAAUGAAGGGUUGUCGUCUUUGGACGAAAUAUUUCAAAGCACAAUGUGAUACUAACCAGCUCAAACGCCCCUCAGAUGGGUGUCAGAGUGUCAUGGUAGUGUAUCCCCCGGAAGUGCGAUGGUCUGGGGAUGUAUGUUGGCCAUGUACACAGAUGUAUCUAACCAUAUGAUGUGUAUGCCGCAUCGUUAAUUCCAAUAAUGUAUAUGACAUCUAGGUGUACUGGCAGUCUGCUUGCUUUUUUUUUUUGCAAUGUCAUUGAUACAUAUUAAUAACCUGUGCUGUGAAGUACUUAUUGAAUCCACAUCAUAUGUUGUGUGAUGAAGAUUCAGGAACACCAUCAACAGGAGGAGGCAAUGUGCGACUAUUCACGGAGGAUGUCAGUGUGAUUUGGAAGUCAAACCCGUCCAAUAAAUGUCAUGAUGUCUAUGAAAUGGAUAGUUCUUGUCAGUUCAACAUUGCAGUUUCAUCAUGGCCCGUAAGGUGUUUCAAACCAGAUUGAAUGGAAAUAUAUUGUAAAAGUUUAACAUGAACAGAUUUACGUUUCUAAGACAUACACCUUUUUAUCGUUCCCCAACUGUAAUCGGAUGGAGAAGAAGGUAGUCGGACCGAGCCACGGGAUAGAAGUACGCAGGGGAAUCUGGAUGCCCCUGGCAUCAGCAACUUUAGGGGUCCUGGGAAUGAUGUGUCACUUGAAUGCACAGAGACCAAAUACUGGUCUUGGAAUUUCAGGGUCCUCAUAGACAGAAUGGCUGGAGUGUUGCGUUUCUGUAUUUUGUUAGUCCUGAAGCUCCCAUCAAUAAAGUGUAUCGGGAUAUUUCUAUUACUGGUACCUGUCAUUGAAUAUGUGAACAUCACCUAUGGAAAUGUUGGUUAAAAAAAAAGUACUUAGGUGUUCAACAAUAGAAUUAUAAACCUGGCAACCGUAUAUUAUUGUGCAAUAAAAAAACUAUAAGAUGUAAACUUAUCUUGAUAUAAUAAUAUGUGUUCAAAGGAAACCAACGGUUAUGAUAACAGUUUGCUGAAAUCAGAGGACUGUGAUUUGUCCGGAGGAAUAAUUGAAAGGGAGGUAACUGUGAUAGUACUAAACAAAGGGAGGUAACUGUGAUACUACAAAACAAGGGGAAGUAACAAGAUAGUAAUAACCAAAGGGAGGUAAAUGCAAAGUAAGGGGAAGUAACUAUGCUAGUACAGUACCAAGGGAGGUAUCUAUGAUAUAUUACAAGGAUGAUGACUCCUUUGUGGUAUUGAGGGAUAAUGUUGAUGGACAUAUAAGAUAUCUACAGCUAUGAGGACUGCAGUAAACACAGUAUGAUUGCUUGACCUUCUUUGUCUGUCAUGCUAAUAUACUGUAUGAUGUUCUUGCCCUACUGUACAUAAUGUCCCAACUGAAGGAACAAUGGCGUCAUGCUAUGUUGCUUUGCUUAGAAAAGAUGCAUUUGAAGACACAAUAUAACGACCAAUUUCACCGCUUGUGAAAAUUAGUCUUGAGAUAAAUUAAUCUAGUGCUUCUUUGUUCUUGCCAGGUAAGUCUCACUUGCACAUUCUGCAUAUGUGAUUGGAUGAUAUUAGUUGAUGAAAUUUCUUAUAUUAAAUAAGAAUCAGAGAAGGAAUGGAAUUUCAAUUAAUCAAACAUAAUAACUGUUGAUCUGUGAAACUAUAAUAUUUCAAUAAAACAAGUUUAUGGUAAGAUUACAGACAGAUAAGAUAGAGAUUAGACAUUGUAUCUUGCAAGUUUGUUUCCAUACAGCCUGUUCCAGAUGUAACAUAGAUGGGUAUUGAAACUAUAAAUUUGAAACAAAUAACCCACAAGUAGUUAACAGAAAUGACCCUUGGAAAAGAUAUGUACGGAUAUUUGUCCCUUGUAGGGCUGGAAGGGAGACCAGGUUGGGACAGAUGGAAUGGCAGUAGAUAGCUUUCCAAAUUUAAAAGGAGACUAGAAUCAGUUUAUAUGGCAGCCCCAGCCUAUUUGGUUCAAGUCCCUCAAACACCACUGCUAGUUCAGUGUUUAUGGUACUGUAAUUAUUAUUACAGCACAGUUGUUAAUGACAGCAGUUACACACAGACAAUGUUUCAGUCUCACACAAAUGGUAUUAAUGACAAUGUUUAGUCCCAGAAGAAAAUGGGCACCAGACCAGGGAGGGUGGUUGGACAGACUGUAAGGUGAUCCUCGUUCCACGCGUUGUCUGCUCACAGGUUGUGCUUUAAGUCACUUUGAGUGUAAUCAGAUAUUGCAUAUUACUGAAUAUUUCUUCCCCAAUUUUUGACGUCUAUUCAUUUCUUGUAUUUUCAAUACAUGUGUACAGUUGACGCCCAUGCUUGUGUGUAUAUGUGUUUAUAUGUGUAACAUACUGGUGUCUAUAUUAUACAGUUGGAUUAUUAUUAUAGUGUACAUAAAAGCUCUACUCCAUCUGAUGUAAAAAUAUUUCAUACUUGGAUUUUAUAAAUUCUAAUUGUGCAAGUCAUAUGCAACCCUGUACCAUUAUUUAUGCAUGUGUAUAGCAUCAGUAGAGGAGCACUUUUUCACUUGUUUCUUACUGGGAGGGAGGGUUAAAAAUUGUCAAUAAAUUUGAGAUCAGUGAA